GAUGCCCAUCUUUUCGUUAAUACGAAAAAUGCAAUGCCACGUCAAAGAUGAGGUACUGUACAUUGGAAAAAAAGAAUUCGAAGAGCCAAUAAAAUCGGAAUGGGUUCUAGAAAUGCAGAAUACAGAAAAAUACAAAACAAUUGGACCAACGUUUCCAGAUGGAACAAUUAAUUGGCAGUGUCCAUGUAUGGCAGGUGGAUCUCUGGUAGCACAUAGGUGCGGCAACUUCUUCCGAGAGCUGUACAUUUGUAUGAAAAGCGACGACACGAGAGAUCCAUCGGAAAAAUGUCCAAAUCAAUUUGUAAAUUGGGCCGCCUGUAUGCAGAAUAUGAGUGAUGAACGACGAGAACAAAUGCGGAAGGCGAUGACUGUGGAUACGGAAGAAUUGAAAAUUAAUCCGAAAUAAUAUUUUUGUAUUAUUAUUUAUAUUUUUCUAAAUAUUACUGUAGGUCGAGUUGCAAUAAACAUUUUUUUUCUGAAA